AUGUAUCACAGCUCUCACUUCAUGAAAACGGAGGACCGGAGUGUUAUGCCGCAGAUGCCUAGCUCAUCAUCUACGGGAAAGCACCGCGGUAUGAAGCGAGACACCAUGCGGGCAAGUCCUGGCAGGCAUUCCACAUGUCCGCCCGAUCCGGAUAGUAGAAAUCGAACUCAGGCCCGUCGUCGAAUACAAUUAGCGCAUUUUGAUCAAAGCAGUGUGUACGGUGUCGAAGGAGAAAAAUCAGAUGCAGUGGGGAAACUCCUGAUGGUGCGGCAUGCAUCAACUGCCAGAACGCUGCCAACGCUCACGAUUGCCAGUUCCUAA